AUGCUUCCGAGCAGGGGCCUCGUCCAGUCCAGCCAAGCCCUGCGGCUUCGGCAAGUGACCUCGCGAGCAGGAUGCGCGCGCAACUUUAGCACGGCCUUGCGCAGCCGGUCUGGCUCACCAGCAACAGCCGCCUCGGGCCUUGCGCUGGGCCAGCUGUCUGGGCGGCGCGCCGGCGCUGCUGCAUUGAGCGGCAGCCACCACUCGACGAACUCCACACACAACCUCCUCCGCACCAACAUGCCGUCGUCAGCUGCCGCCUUUUCCUUGUGGCCCUUCUCGUCCGGCAACAAGAGUUUCAAGGAAGGCGACAUCCUUCCCGCCGUGAGCCAGACACCAACAACGCCGCCACCACCAUCAUCAUCAUCAACGGCCACGCCUGCGCCGACCGAGUUCGUCCCCGAGCCGCCGGCUUCUACGACCUCUGCCUCUGCCUUCCCCGACCCGGCCGACCCGGCCGCCCUCUCCGACCUGCUGGACGGCUCGGCGCUGCUCGACAUGGCCGAGAACCAGAUUGGCUACCUGCACGCCCUCGGCCUCGACUUUGGCUGGGGCCCCACCAGCCUGUGCCAGUGGCUGCUCGAGCACGUCCACGUCUACACGGGCCUGCCCUGGUGGGCGUCGAUUGUGGGCGUGGCCCUCCUGUUCCGCGCGGCCAUUUUCCUGCCAUCGCUGACGGCCGCCGAGCAGAGCGCGAAGCUGCAGGUGCUGCGCAAGAAUCCGCGGUAUGCGGCCGCCAUGGCCGAGAUGCAGGCCUCGGCGUUCAAGGGCGGCGCGCAGGGCCAGGGCAAGGCCAUGGAGGCGCGCCUCACCAUGAAGCGCAUGCAGGAGGCCAUGGACGUGUCGACGUGGAAGAUGUUUGUGCCCAUGAUCAACAUCCCCUUUGGCUACGGCAUGUUCCGUCUGCUGCGGGCCACGGGCGCGCUGCCCGUGCCCGGCAUGGAGACGGGCGGCAUCCUGUGGUUCACGGACCUGACCGUGGCCGACCCGUACUUUGUGCUGCCGCUCGCCUCGGCCGGCAUCAUGUACCUGAUUUUCCGCACCAACAUGAAGUACAUGGCCCCCGAGCAGCAGCAGACCAUGAAGUACAUCCAGAUGGCCAUUACGCCCAUCAGCGUGCUGGUCACCAUCAAGAUGAGCGCCGGCCUCACCUUCUUCUUCCUGACGUCCUCCGUCCUCCAGAUGAUCCAGACCUGGCUGUGGCACCAGCCCUGGCUGCGCGCGUGGAAGGGUCUGCCGCCCAUGCACGAGAUGCUGCAGGGCGGCGCCCUUAACAACCUGCCUGGUGGCGGCUCGGCCCACCAGCAGCAAGCGGCCCGCCCCGUCGCGUUCCGCGUCGAUCCAAACUCAUCCUGGAAGGCCCCGCGGGCGACGUCCACGGGUUUCAAGGAGGCAGCCGAAGACGCGGCGUCCGAGACGAGCCAGGCCGCCAAGGCCGAGGAGCUGCUGACGAAGCCGCCUUCUGCCGUCGAGGUGGCCAAGAAGGGCUGGGGCAAGCUGAUGGGCACAGCCAAGGAGAAGCAGGCCGCGUCCAAGGACAAGGAGCUGCUGCGCAAGGCCCAGGACUACGAGAAGCGCCGCGCCAUGGAGGACGAGACACAGGCGUACCACCGCCGGGAGGCGGAGCGGCAGUACCGCGCAGCCAAGAAGACGCUCGACGGCAAACAGAACAAGAACAGCAAGUGGCAGUAA